AACUCAGCUCUGUGCCCGUGCGGAUCCGUCGACGUGUUCUCAGUGGUGUGUUUGCCAAAGGGAAAUCCUUGGGGACAUAUUAUGUAUUUUCCACAUCAGUGACGUACUUCUGAGGCACAUUUUCCCCACUGGAUACUCAAUGGUGAAGCUGUGUAAUUUGAAGUGGAACGGUGGUUUCUCCUCUGCACUGAAUAUUGAAGUCUCAGAGUGAAAGGGAUUGUAUACGGAAGACAAGAAGAAAGGUGGGCUCUCAGGACAUGCAUGGGAUCGCAUGGAGGAGGGAAGCCAUUGCGAGGGGGUGUGCUGCCCAGGAACACCAGUGAGCAUCUGCCCGACUGUCCACUCCCUGGACACCGUCAGGGCUCUGCACCAGACUGUUGUGUCCCUGCGAACAGCGUUGGACGACGCUAGGCGGGAGAUUGACAAGCUCAAGAAGCAGAUUCACGUGCAGAGCGACAUCGAGCAGGGAAAGAUCUUCCGCGCCAGUCGUCCGGAGUCCCCGCAAGAGACACCAAAGAAUGAGGCAAAGGCUGCAAAGUCGCCAAAGGAGCGUGACAAAACGCCAAGGAUCACCAUUGAUCCGAUUGUAAGUGUCACGGCUGAGCCGUCUGGAGAGGCGCUGGAGGGCAAAAUCAGAGGCAUGGCCUCCAAGAUUGACGUGAAGAUCAAGGUGUCGUCCAACAUUCAAGUGGACAGCAGCAGUAGCUCUGAGCAGAACACACAGAGGACCUCGCAAGAAGAGGAAGAGGAGGCGCACAAGCCCGAGACUGCAGAGACUGAUGAGGGUGAGACCCAAACCAUCAAGGCUGAGGGUAAAUCCCUCAAGAUCAAUGUGACUUCCGAGGAGAAUCUCACACUGGUGAAGUCAGGCGAUGAGAUUAACAUCACGCAGAACUCCAAUGAGAAUCUCCACCUGGACAUUGACGAUAACUCCUCAGAUGGGGACAAUUCCGUGUUCACAGAGGGUGCCAUCACUCCAGCCGAAGCUCCUACCCAGGAGGACGCGGAGGACGGCCAGGAGAAGCAGAAGAAGGACUCUGAGCAGAAGGAGCAAGAGGAAGUGGACGAUAUUGAGCUGAUAUUCUCCUCCGAUGACAACAAAGAUCUCCUGCAAGAGGAUCUGGUCUCCAUCUCAGACUACGAACCCUGGCAAGCGCCUGGCUCCUCUGGCACUCCAGUGCUCGUGAACUUCUGUUCCCUGGGCAGCGAGGAGCAGCCUCCGGACGUGCCAGACAUCAGUCGCAGGGAGAUAAAGUCCUGCUCCAGUGUCCUGGAGAAGCAGAACACGGACACUUCGGAGCCAGAUCGCUUCUUCAGUAGUCUGGAGAAGGAGGACGACAUGCGACGCGAGGAGAGCUUCGACACCUUCGACAACGCCCCAACCUUCGGCAGAAAGUGGACCAACGCGAAUGUCCUGAUUGAGACCGACAUAUCAAAGUGCGGCAUUGCCGAGGAGGGCAUUAUGGACAAGGGACGCAGGAACACCUGCCCCAACCCACCGGCUUACCGACCUAUGGCCCACCGAGAGGCGCUCCUGCACUCGCGCUACAGCCGCUGCCCGUUCGGCGUGAAGUUCUCCCGCUCGGCGGCACGCAGCCAGCACGGGACGCAGUACAGGACGCCCAGGCCCAUCCAGGCGGGCCCCAAGCGGAGUAGCUCGGCGCAGACGGACAUAUCGGCGCUGCCUGAGCAGUGGCAGUCCGAGACCCACUUGGCGGCCGGCCUCUGCGAAGGACUGUACACGCUGCCGUCGAAGUUCUCCGCGCGGCCAGGAACUUCCGCCGGACGCUGUCCUCUCAGGCCAUCGGAGAAGACGCAGGAGGCGCGGAGGGUGCUUCUGAGCGACAUCCACUUCACCAGCAUGGUACCUGAACUCUCGCGCUCGGCUGACCAUCUCUGCCACGAGGGCGAGGCCAAGGGCGAGCGGAAGGAGAACGCCAGCAAUCUGUCUCCUGGCUACCACAAGGGCCCCUUCCUGCGCACCCCGGACUACACCACCAGGGGCAUCACGCCCAGCGCCAGUCUCAACUCAGCCGCAGCCUCGCAGUGGACGGUGAAUGAGACCAGCUUCGGCACGCAAACGCCCAUCACAGGCACCUUUUGGGGCGCCACUCGCGGCGAAUCCUUCGAUUCCACGCGCAGCUACUCCGCCAUGGGACGCCAUCAUCGCUCCAGGAGCGUUCCCUCCGUGCGCUGUGCCAUCUGCCGCCAGGCCAGGCCGCUGCGUCCCUCCGAGAGCAUGCACUACACGCCCAGAGUGUCCAUGGAGCCAUGCCGGGGCGUGCAGGGCUCCCUGCCGGACCUCCGGCACGAGUGCAUGUGCCCGGCCAGGCGCUAUCACGCGCACUCCUUCACCCGCAGCCAUGGUGACUCCAGUGGCUCCACGGAUAGCCUCCUGGACGAGGCCGAGGACUUCCUGCGACGCUCCGUGGACGGCAUCAUCCGACACGAGCCCAUGCAUCCGCUGCCAGAGGUCAAGGCGGUCAACAGGAGGUGCUCAGAGAACGACAUUCCCAGAGAUUUUGCCCCAUCUAAACAGUCACUGCCUUUCCUUCCGCGCACGCCAAAGUGUCUGAAGCCAGGCCACCUGGCCAAGGUAAUCAUUAAGAAUGGGCGCGUGGUGAUCGGGAGGAUACGCUACGUCGGUCCAGUGGCUUCCAUGGAUUCCUACAUAGAUCCCGGGGAGGAGAACACAUUCGUUGGCCUCCAACUGGCCACCACUUAUGGCGACUGCGACGGCACGAUAGACGGCAAGAAGUUCUUCGACUGUGAGCCACUCCACGGAGUCUUCGUGCCGUUCAAGAAGGUCGUGAUGGCGUGGUCGGCUUAGAUAAAAGUCCCCCAAAUUGCCAAUGAUCAGCACACUUAGACAACACACCCCCAAUUCUGAAGCCCUGAACUUUAAACUGGCAUUACUCUCGUAGGGAAUAAAAUCGAGCUUUAAGUGGCAUUCGAUGUCCUGAACAAUAGAGCAGACUUAAACGGCUAUAGAUGUUGCUUCAAGAGCAUUAUGUACCAAAGAACAGGAACCCAUUCAUGGUAAAUUUAACAUAGAGUUGGACAGUAAAAGAUCCUCAGUCAACUUAAUUACACCUUUAUUGUCAUCAUACUCAAAAAGAAGAAUUUUAAUACUAUCCAUCAUUCGAAGGUCCUUCGACUGAGCGCUAGAAAAAUACUCUCGCAUACCGACAAACUAUUCCUAAUUUCUUGCUCAUCUACUGCUUUGUGACCAUUUAACAAAUCAACAAUAUCUCCAAAAAAAAUCAACAAUGCAACGUCCUUUCCUUUCCAACACUGUUUGCGCGCCUUCCCCAGAGGUUAACUGUCAACAAAGUCUAUCAAAUCUAAUGGGAACUGAUUAUACGAUAAGUCAAUGUAGAGAAGCUAAUGUAAACAAUGUUAGACCUAAGAAAUUAAAAAUCUGUGUGACAAAAUAUCAACCACUAAAUGUGUUGUAAAUAUUGUAAUGUCCUUAGAGAGAAAAAAAAAUAAAGCUAAACGGGAAGGAAUUUGUGAAGGAAAGCUGUCAUUGCAAUUGAAUGUAAAGAAAAGUAUAGAAAUAAAGCUCAAGACAAUUA